AUGACAUUCGCCCGAUUUCGCUCAGGACGCAUCGCCGUUGUGCCUACUGGAACACGACCAGGUGAUGUUGUGGUUGAUUUCGGGGAAGCCGACAAGCGACAGCAGGAUAGCGGAUGCGUCUUCCGACGGCAGGAAUUGAACUACCAACGUUACCACAUGGACCUUGAUAUCGAUAAAUCAAUCGACACCAAAUACCGGCAUUAUGGAGAUGUAUAUCAUUGCACGUAUGUUGGUAGAGCGUGGACUGAUAAAGUAGACUUUGGCCAAGAGAUCACCACGGAAGGGAAACAUAAAUAUGACCCCGAAACGAUUGUCCUAUAUGCUGUCCAUUGA